UCCAGUUCAAAAGAAAGAACAAAGAUCUCAUUGCUGUUUCAGUUCACUUGCACCAAACUCACAAACUUCACUUGCACAAACUCACUUCCUCAUAAAUUUCUCAUCAUGCACCAUCCUCUGUUUUCUCUUCUUCUUCUCAUUCUUUUCAUCAGAACUAAUCAAUGUUCCUCUUCUUCUUAUUCUUCCCAAACUCUUGUUUUGCCUCUAAAGACCCGAAUAACCCCAAUGGAUAAUUCGGGUCAUCGACCCACCGACAAACUCCAUUUCCACCACAACGUCACUCUCACCGUCACACUCACCGUCGGUACUCCUCCUCAAAACAUCUCCAUGGUCAUCGACACUGGCAGCGAGCUCUCCUGGCUUCGCUGCAACCGUACCUCAAACCCAAACCCGGCCAACAACUUCGACCCGACUCUCUCCUCCUCCUACUCACCAAUCCCCUGCUCCUCGCCCACGUGCCGGACCCGGACCCGAGACUUCCUCAUACCCGCUUCCUGCGACUCCGACAAACUCUGCCACGCAACUCUCUCCUACGCCGACGCCUCCUCCUCCGAAGGCAACCUCGCCGCCGAGGUUUUCCACAUCGGAAACUCCACCAACAACUCCAGUCUCAUUUUCGGGUGUAUGGGAUCCGUAUCCGGAUCCGACCCGGAAGAAGACAGCAAGACAACCGGGUUGCUCGGCAUGAACCGUGGCUCCCUCUCUUUCAUCUCUCAGAUGGGUUUCCCCAAGUUCUCCUACUGCAUCUCCGGCACCGACGACUUCCCGGGCUUUCUUCUCCUCGGCGACUCCAACUUCACGUGGCUAACGCCGUUAAACUACACGCCGUUGAUCCGCAUCUCGACGCCGCUGCCUUACUUCGACCGCGUCGCUUACACCGUCCAGCUCACGGGGAUUAAAGUUAACGGCAAGCUUUUGCCCAUCCCUAAAUCGGUUCUCGUACCGGAUCAUACCGGCGCUGGUCAGACCAUGGUUGAUUCCGGUACUCAGUUUACUUUCCUGCUCGGACCGGUUUACACUGCGCUUCGAACAGAGUUUUUAAACCAGACAAACGGGACCUUGACGGUUUACGAUGAACCGGAUUUCGUUUUCCAAGGAACCAUGGAUUUGUGUUACUUAAUUUCGCCGGUUCGGAUUCGGACCGGGAUCCUCCACCGGUUACCAUCGGUUUCCUUGGUUUUCGAAGGAGCUGAGAUAGCUGUUUCGGGUGAGCCUCUACUAUACCGAGUCCCGCAUCUGACGGUUGUGAACGAUUCGGUUUAUUGUUUCACGUUUGGAAACUCCGAUCUUAUGGGAAUCGAGGCGUACGUGAUUGGACACCAUCAUCAGCAGAACAUGUGGAUCGAAUUUGAUUUGCAGAGAUCAAGAAUCGGUUUGGCUCCGGUACAAUGUGAUGUAUCUGGACAGAGACUAGGAAUCGAGUCGUAAACCGUAGAUAACCAACCCGUGAUAUCGACGAUAUGAUGGUAGUUUCUGAGGAAUCGUGCAGAAAAGGGAAUCUGUCAGCUAGAGAAACAGACUUGUAACCCUUACCGAACUACUUUUGUCUGGAGCAACAUCAAGCUUUUCUUCCUGAUUCUUCAUGUCCAUCCUCAGAUAUAGAAUCUGAAGAAUGUUCUUAUGCCAUGGAAGACACAAAACCACCAUUCAUCUGCAUCUGUUACAGGAGGUAAGUUGUACAUGUCUAAAGACUCUUGUUAUUCAACCCUAGAGCAAUGCUGCCAUUGUCACAAUUAACAUUGAAGAUUCGGAAGAAGCUAGAAAGACACCAACCACUGAUCAAUAGUUUGAGGAGUACUUUUUUUUUUGAAUACCAGGAAGUUCGAGGCUAAAGCAUGUAAUCCCUCCUGACCCGAAACCAAAUCAUGUAAUAUUAAUAUCGUCCCAGACACUUCUGACACAAUAGCUAGAAAUAGUUUCUGGUUGAGGCGUACUUUUCAAAAC